CGAACCCCCAGACCCCCAGCGCUGCACUGCCGUAAUCUUCCGCAACUCCUUCAUCUUAUCGCAGUCGUUCCCUUCUUCUCGCCUCCUCACCGGCUCACCCUCCUCUCCUCGACCAACACCGCUGCGUUCUUCCUGCGCAGCUCCUCUCUUUCUUGAACCCACUCAGACGCUUUUUGUUUCGCUCGAUCCUCGCCUGCUCUCCCUCAGAUACCCCCACUACCACCGUACAGCCUUUUUGUCCCCCACAUGACGACUCGCUCAGCUCUCUCGCUCUCUUCUCUCGCCCACCGGGCCCCCGCAUUCCCCCCACACUCCACUCCGGGUCUGGCCCGUGCCAUGUCUGCAUGGGCCAAGGUGCCGAUGGGGCCGCCGGACGCCAUCCUCGGCAUUUCCGAGAAAUUCAAGGCCUCGACGAACGCGAAGAAAAUGAAUUUGGGCGUCGGCGCGUACCGCGACGACGCGGGACGCCCCUUCCUGCUUCCAAGUGUGCGCAAGGCGGAAAACGCGCUUGCCCAAAUGAACCUCGACAAGGAGUACGCGCCGAUCACCGGCAUUCCCGUGUUCCGCGAGCUGGCCACGCGUCUCGCGUACGGCGACGAGGUGUACGAAAGCAUCGCCGAGCGUCUCGUGUCCGCACAGAGUCUCAGCGGCACCGGUGCCCUCCGAGUUGCUGCUGCCGUGCUGGCCAAGUUCUACGAGCCCUCCAGCACGAUUUACGUUUCGAACCCCACGUGGGGCAACCACAACAACGUGUUUUCGGCUGCGGGGCUUGCCGUCCAAUCAUAUCGCUACUACGACCCUAAGACGCACAUGCUGGACGCACAGGGCAUGCUUGCCGACCUGGAGGACAUGCCCGACCGGUCCAUUGUGCUGCUGCACGCCUGCGCACACAACCCCACCGGCGUCGACCCGACGCCCGAGCAGUGGGACGACAUCCUCCGCGUCGUCCGCACCAAGAACCAUUUUGUUUUGAUGGACAUGGCCUACCAGGGUUUCGCGAGCGGCAACCCCGCACGGGAUGGGUUUGCCCCGCGCCUGUUUGCCGAAAUGAAUGUGCCGAUGAUGCUGUGCCAGUCGUUCGCCAAGAACAUGGGCCUGUACGGUGAGCGUGUCGGCUGCUUCAGCAUGCUGGCUGCAAGUGCCGAGGAGGCUGCGCGUCUCGAGUCGCAGGUCAAGAUCAUCAUCCGCGGCUUGUACUCGAACCCUCCGGUGCAUGGCGCGCGAAUUGCCGCGCGCAUUUUGGGCGAUCCGGAGCUGCGGACGCAAUGGCACCAGGACAUCGAGACAAUGUCCACGCGCAUUCGCGACAUGCGCGCUCUUCUGCGCAGCCAUCUCGAGGACACCUUCCACAGCGCGCACGACUGGUCCCACAUCACGAGCCAGAUCGGCAUGUUCUGCUACACAGGCCUCAAUCCCGCCCAGGUGGAUAAGCUCACACGUGACUUGGCACGUGUAUUUGACCCGUAACGGCCGCAUCAGCAUCUCCGGCAUCACACCGGCAAUGUCCGCUACCUGGCCGAGGCAAUCCAUGCAGUGAGUAAAUAGGCGAUGGGGCUGCCACCGCUGCUGCUGCUGCUGCUGCUCGACGCGACAACUGCCGCUGGCAGUUGCUCGACCUUCCACCCUCGCUUACCACAAUAUGAUGUCAUUGUAAACUGAGCUCCGCAGCCAAUCGUUAAUUGUCGCAAAUUCGCAUUCUCCGCCAAUCCUUAAUCCCUCGCAAAUCGUCAC